AUGAAUCAAAAGUUCACAUCAAUUCAAUAUGAUGAGCAUGUCAAUGAAGGGAUAGCUGAAGGUGACAACAUACUAACAGACACUACAAAGUAUCAAAGGCUGGUGGGAAGGCUCUUAUAUCUGACUAUGACAAGACCAAAUAUUGCAUUCUCAGUACAAGUCUUGAGUCAAUUCAUGCAUUGUCCUAAGCAGUCACACAUGAAUGCAGCUCUUAGAGUAGUCAGAUACAUCAAAGAAGCACCUGGAUUAGGCUUGUUAAUGCCUGCAGAAGACACUACUAAACUUACUGCUUACUGUGACUCUGACUGGGGAGCAUGUAUGGAAACUAGGAGAUCAGUUACAGGAUUCUUGGUGAAAUUUGGAGAAGGUCUAAUUUCUUGGAAGUCAAAGAAACAGGAGAUAGUUUUAAGGAGCUCAGCUGAAGCAGAGUUCAGAGUAUGGCAUUAUGUACAGCUGAAAUAA